AUGGAGAUACAGUGGCGUUUAUGGAAUAAGGACUGGGCCUCCUUUAUAAGGCCGUGGAUACCUAUAUUGUUGGGCCUUCACCUCCAGUUCUCCCGGGCCUCCAACUGUCCAGAGGAGUGCCGCUGUGACCGCACCUUUGUUUACUGCAACGAGCGGAGCCUGACCUCAGUGCCUCUGGGAAUCGGUGAGGGUUACAAGACCCUUUAUCUACACAACAACCAAAUCAAUAACGCUGGUUUUCCCCUGGAGCUCCACCAUGUGGCCUCUGUGGAAACUGUGUUUCUCUAUGGCAACCAGCUGGAUGAGUUCCCUAUCAACUUGCCCAAAAAUGUGAGGGUUCUCCAUCUGCAGGAGAACAACAUUCAGACCAUCUCCAGAGCCGCUCUGGCUCAGCUUCUUUGGCUGGAGGAGCUGCACUUAGAUGAUAACUCCAUUUCUACUGUAGGGGUGGAGGAAGGGGCUUUCCGGGAGGCACUAAGCCUUAAGAUGCUCUUCCUCACCAAAAACCACAUGAGCAGCGUACCUAUUGGUCUUCCAGAUGAUCUGAAAGAGUUGCGAUUGGACGAGAACCGGAUCGCUGUGAUUGCGGAGGAAGCAUUUAGGAAUGUCACCCGCCUGCAGCGGCUCCUAUUGGAUGGGAACCUGUUGACAGAUGAAGGGAUUGCACCAGGGACCUUUCAGGAUCUGGUCACCCUCAGGGAGCUGUCCCUGGCCCGUAACUCACUAACAUACCCUCCACCGUUCCUCCCAGGGGAGGUGCUUGUCAAAUUAAACUUUCAGGAAAAUCAGAUAAACAGGAUCCCUGCCAGUGCAUUCGCAGGGUUGCACAAGCUGGAGAGGCUGGAUAUUUCUAACAACCAGCUGCAGUCGUUGACAGAGGGGGUCUUUGAUGGCCUCCGUGCUCUCAGACAGCUCACUGUUCGGAACAACCUUUGGCUGUGCGAUUGCAGCAUCAAAUGGGUGGUGUCAUGGCUCAAAUCUCUGCCGGCCUCGCUCAAUGUGCGUGGCUUCAUGUGUCAUAAACCUGAAAAGUUCCGGGGCAUGGUGAUCAGGGAGCUGAGUGCUGAGCUGGUCCAGUGCCCACAGAGCACAGCGACUGCACCCCUGUCCUCUUCACCAGCUGACACUGCUCUGAUCCCACCCCUGCCCUCAGACUCCCCCCUGGUCACUCAAUAUGUUUCCCCCUCCUCCAGGCAACCCUUCCCCACGUCAACCAUCCACUACCCUGUCUAUUCAACCAGAGAGGGAGGGUUGAGGACUAAGCAACCUUUGGACCCCAGGAGGGAGACUUUGCAAGUCAUGUUUGCCAUACUGAAUGGCUCAGCUAUCCACGUCAGCUGGGUGGCUGCCUUUCCAGUCACUGCCUACAAGGUGACCUGGGCCAGGAUGGGCCCCAGUCUGACAGGGGACACAGUCAGGGAGAGGAUAGUGGGUGGGGAUCACCGGGGGAUCCGCCUGGCUAACCUUGAGCCAAAGUCCACCUAUCGGAUCUGUGUGAUUCCCUUGGAUGCGUUCAAUAAUUACCGGCCCAAAGAUGAUACCGUGUGCACCGAGGCCAUGACCACGGCGGCCUCUUUUAGCCCCGGCAACAACAACAACAACAACAAAAGGCCGUCGGGCCCUGAACAGGCCACGCAACAGGAACUCAGCUCGCCUUUCUUGCUGGCUGGACUGAUUGGCGGGGCUGUGAUCCUGGUCCUGGUGGCACUCCUCAGCGUCUUCUGCUGGCACAUGCACAAGAAGAGUCGCUCCAAGUCCUCCACCAAGUGGAAAUACAACCGGGGUCGGAGAAAAGAUGACUAUUGUGAGGCAGGGACCAAGAAAGACACUUCUAUCCUGGAAAUGACUGAGACCAGCUUCCAGAUAGUCUCACUUAACAACGAACAGCUCCUCAAGGGAGAUUUCCGCAUUCAGCCUAUUUACACCCCUAAUGGGGGCAUCGGCUUCCGAGACUGCCCCCUGGAGAACAACAGCACAGUUUACUGCAAGAAUAAUGUUCAGGAAGCAGACCUUUGUGGCACAUGA